AGUCGUCUCGCGUCGGCCCAGCGGCGCAGACUCUAUCGGAGUUCGCUUGCUACUGUUUGAAUUUAGAACAAAUCGUCGCGAGUGCGCGUCAUUUGUGUUUUUAUUUUUAUUUUAAUUAUCUGUGAUUUGUGCCAGGAUUUAUUUUGACAGGACGAAAAAGGAAAAUCUUUAUUCGGAUCAGAGAUUGAGCUGUUCGUCAAUUUAAAAUCACUAUUUCGUAUGCAAGGAGCCAGUGAAUUCACGACGGACCGGGCUUAGACCCUCACUCUAAAGAUGAGAGCACUAACGUACUCUUUGACGGUUGUUACGCUGUUCGCGGUGACACUCGCCCAAUCUGAAGGAAUCAAAGACACAGUUGAAACAGCAAGCAGUUCAGCUAAUCAAGAGGAUGAAGAGCCCAAAGAAGCCUGGAUGCGUGCACCGGCGGGCGGCGUGGCCGUGAAGAGUGGGGAGGACGCUUUACUUACGUGCGUGGUCCUGGGAGCAAGAGGCAAACCGGUUCUAUGGAAAAGGGCAAGAGAUCUCCAAGUUCUAACAGCUGGUGGCGUAAGAGUAACUCGAGAUGAAAGAGUUACAGUUUUACAUGAUGAUUCGGAAGAACCUCUUCAAGGACCGGGUAUUAUGAAGGGCGGCGACGUCUGGGCUCUUGUCAUAAAAUCAGUCAAACCGUCAGACGCUGGCCUCUACAUGUGUGAACUAAACACUGAACCACCCGUCAGAAGUUUUCAUAAAUUAACUGUGAUAUCACGAGGGCUGACACCACCGGAAAAUCAAAAUGUGACUGACACCUAUUCUGCCAAUGUACCCACCAUGGCUCUCGCCCACAAUUACACGGAUUGCUGUGUCUCUGCGAAUGUGACAAAGAGUUGUUUGGGAUACUGCAGUAUUCAGAGUAUCUUAGACGGACCUGGUCAAGAUCCGGAGGCAUGUCAAGCGGAUUUCCCUGCUAUUGUAAAGUGUAUGGCAGAUGGUCGCAACCACGUGCCUUGCUGCAUUCAGGAGCACAUACCAGACAUUUGUCAAGAUGUUUGUCGAGGAGAAUACUCGCCUGUGACCGAUAAUAUUAAGACCCAUUACUCCUGUGCUGCCUCUAUGGAGAAAACUUUAGCUUGCAUUGUUGAAGGCAUCGAACUACUCCCAAGUCCCCCUGAAGACGUCGAAGUAGAACCUCUUAAUGAAAAACAGUUAAACGUAUCAUGGAAUCCACCAACAGAGAACGCAGAAUCAGUUACCGAAUUUAUCGUCAACGUGACAACUUUGCGAUCAUUUGAUGCCCAUUUAAUAGAUCCCUCUGAGAGUUCGUUAAAAAAUGUUUCGAACAAAAUGAUUCAAUCAUUUACAUAUAAAGUACCAUCGAAUAAAACAUUCCUGGUGUUGAACGACUUGCUACCAUUUACAAUGUACGAGGUCACGGUCACUUCAUACAAUAUUCAUGGUUCCAGUCUCCCGAGUUACGGAAUCAGAUCGUUAACAUUGACUCCUGGCAAGAUGAGAACAACUGAAGUAGCAUCAGCGCCCCAACUACCCGAUGUAAGAAGUUGCUGUAUAAACGCGGGCGUCAAUCACUACGGCUGUGUCGAUAAGCUUUGUGAUCCAACCAAAACCUUCGAAAUAGGCUUGCAGGUGACAGACUUGAUGAUCUGCGCACCCUGGGCCGGUACAACUUUCGGCUGCCUCGCCAACAACUUAGACCAUACUCCCUGUUGUCGAUCAAGAGGCCUUCCAGAAUCCUGUUUGCCAUUAUGCAGUGGAAACAUCACGACGUUGGACUUUAAUCAUUUCAAAUGUCUUCGCUUCAUGAACUCCUACACGAACUGUCUGCUGCAAGGUUACGGCGUCCUUCCGGGACCACCAUCACGUCUCCACCUCACUAACAUCGAUACCGACUAUGCUGUGGUACACUGGGCACCACCAGCGGCGCUGGCGGAUACUGUACAGUAUUACAACUUGCAAUACAAGUCGUUGUCAUCAGAGGAGGACUAUAGAGUUUUGGGAAAGGUCCAAUCUCCAUUUAUCCUGGAAGAUCUGGAAUCAAACACGGAUUACGAGAUCUUUGUGGAGGCAGUCAACGAGCAUGGAGUUGGUGAAGCUUCGCCAAGACUUAUAUUUAGGACGCAAAGUCAAGUUAUCGAAGAAGAAGAAGAAAAUGCAAACGCAUACAACAUAACUGCGUGCUGUGAGAGAGUGCAGCUCUCUACUGUGUGCAUGCCGCUCUGCUCGUAUGACGCCAAGAUGUCCGACCUCAGGACACUCGCGCCGCUGUGUGAACAGGAAUUCAACAAACUUGUCAGAUGUGGCGCUGGAGGCCGCAACCACGAGACGUGCUGCGCGCGGCGCGGCGUGCCGGCGGCGUGUCGCGGCGCGUGCGCGGGCGCGUACAGCGGCCUGUUCUACACCUGCAUCGCCUACGUCGGGAACAUCGUGCAGUGCUUCGAGGAAGGUACUGGUUUCCUCCCUGGCCCUCCGCGUGAAGUCCACGCUGUUGUGUCUCACGACAAGCUGUUCCUGGAUUGGACUGCGCCCACGGAUGGCGCUAAUACCACGUCAUACACCGUGCACUGGCAGAAAGUUGGCAAUAACACACAACCCUACUACUAUAAUAGCGUGCAAUUAGAUAAUCAAAUGAACGUGACACAAACGAUGGCUCGUAUUGAAAGCCUGGAGGUGAACAGCACCUACCAUCUCUUCGUGGUAGCGGUGAAUGAACACGGCACCUCGCUACCAUCCAGCAUGUUACUCAUCAACAUCACCGAUGGUGAUAAAGAUAACAAAGAGGUGUCCGGAAUCCCGUCCCCCCCACACUCGCUGUCGGUGUCGUCCCACUCGGCCACGUGGCUGGCGCUGAGCUGGCAGCCGCCGCAGUUCUCACUGCCCGAUGAAAAGAUAUCUUACACAUUGUACUACAAGAUGCCAAGCCAGAACAAUCAGGGCAAUGUAACAAAGAUCGCUACGACAGUAACGGGACAUACUCUGGAGAAGUUGACACCUAACACGCAGUACGUGGCCUGGGUGAAGGCUCACACGGACGCUGGGGACUCAUUACCUUCAGAGACUUUACUAGCGUGGACUGAUCCCGCGUAUCCUGCUUUUGUCGAGCCGCCUACAAUAAACCCGGUAAACUUGGUUGUAGAAGGUACCAGCAUGACGAUACUCUGUAUUGCGAUGGGAACACCGACGCCGACCAUAUCCUUGUACAUUUCUGGUCGCCUCGUACGUCAAGAAGUAACGCGUCACAUGGUGACAGUAGUCCACAAUGUGACCAGAGACAUGGACCUCAUCUCAUGCUAUGCAGACAAUGGAUACGGAACACCAAUGCAGGCUUCUAGAAAGAUCAACAUAUCACAUAUACCAACGAUCCAAGCGUCGGGAAUCACGAUGGCGGCCGCUGGUGACUCCGUGAUCUUAGAGUGCAGGGUCGAGGCUCUCCCUAAGCCCACCAUCGCAUUCUGGAGAGAUCCCAACGGACGGACGCCUGUGAUUGAUGGACCUAAUUACUCUAUACAAUUAAUUUCUGACCCCGAGGAACAGACGAAAUAUACAAUGCGGCUAAUAAUCAAGAAGAUAACAGAAGCAGAUGAGGGAGAUUACUUCUGUCACGCUGAGAACGCUUUCGGGAAGACUUUACGCCCAGUGUCUGUGCGGCUGAGGACAAGCAACCCUCACCACAACGUCACUGAGUGCUGUACUCAGAUGAACGUAUCAUCAGCGUGCAUCGACGCAUGCAGCUUCCAUUUAGACAUGGACAAUAUCAUGGACCGACCUGAAUGCAUGAAUGACUUCGACAAACUCAUGAAGUGUGCUGCAGAUGGAUCGGAUCACAGAAGCUGCUGUGCAUCUUGGGGCGUUCCGCGUAACUGCCUGGAACUCUGUCGUGGUGGACCUGUCUCCAGAACCUGCGCCCUCCAACAUGCGAGGCGAGCUCUAGCUUGCUUCAGGGACUCUGGAGCUAAGAUGCCUGGACCACCAAGGAACUUGAAGGCACAUGCUGCACCAACACCUAACGCUGUUCUCUUGAGCUGGGAGCCCCCACGCAAGAACCCUGACACGGUAUACUUGUACCGGGUGUUCUGGAGAGCGUAUGGUGCUAAGGUCCCAGAAAAGCUAGAUACCAGCGAGACGAGCGUUGUUCUCACUGGGCUACAAGAUGACGUCAGAUACGAAUGCGUAGUGAAAGCGGCAAAUGAUGUCGGUACAUCAUCCCUCAGCCAGCCAAUAAUGUUUACAACAGCUGGUCAGGAAACUGCUGCUGCCGCAGCUCCAGUGUCAACGUCUGGAACAGCCUCAGCUGUUGGCGUAGCAGUAGCCUGUAUACUAGUAGCCGCUAUCCUCCUAGCUGCAGGACUGUAUUAUAGACAUAGAAAGAAUCUUAGACUAAAAGCUCAGGGUGGUGUCGCAUUCGAAAAUCCAAGCUACCUCCGAGAGCCAAAUCCUGAUAACGCUGUCAAUGGCACAAUGCCAAACGGCACGUCCAACGGUGAGAACGGCAUCGCAAACGGCAUUUCGAACAGCGCCGCCUGGCGACAAGAGACGCAGAACCCCGGGACCACGCUGGCGGCGGCGCGGGAGGUGGACCCGUCGCUGUACGAGGAGCUGAAGCUCGGGCACGACGGCGCGGGCUUCAAGCGGCUGAAGCCGUAGCCCGCGGCGCGCCGCUCGCCGCUCCGCUCGCCGCGCCUCACGUCGCGGGUGGCGCCCUCCUACUGAGCGGCCUCCGCGGCAUCUGCGCGUUUCCUGCUCCCGCGCAAUCCGAACUUCCACUUCUCGCUUCUGAUUAGAAAGAGUGAGGAGUAGAGUUGGUUCUCCGAUUAUAAUUUCGACAACAGUUGAUAGACAGAAGCUCAUGCGUGGUGUUAUGUGCGUAGAGUCUUAGAGUAUACCCGGCGCGACGUCACCCUGGCGUCCUCCCCCUCGCACGUUGUACGAAACAGGAACUUUCUCAGUGACCACCAAAUAUAUUUGUAGGAAUUCUGCGGGUACGGGAUAGCAGCAAUACAUUAGACAUUGUGAGAUUGAGCCGUGUCUGAGCGGAGUGUAGAUAAAUAUAUUUUCAAUACCUACCAUACUUAAUGUGAUGUAAACCAAAAAAAAAAAUCAUGUAAAUAUUGUAUUUACUGAAUACCACAGUCGUCGUUGUUCAUCUCGGCUGUGGUAUUUGGCGAAGUGAUUGUAUUUAGUGUUAUGUAGCGUCAGUUUUGAAGAAGUAAAUUAGAAAUUUUCUAUAAAAAAAUGUGCCUUCGAACAAUACAGUAGGUUAGACUUAGUUACUGUUUGGUAUGUAAAAGUAUGACUAAUUGUACAUAAACAUUCCAUAAGUACCUAAGUAAGAAUAACGAAUUAUUGUUUAUAUAUGAUGAUAUCAAAAUUAUAAAUAGAAAAUGCAAAUAAUAAAAUGUACAUACAUUCGAUUCUUGAAGGAAUAAUGAUUUUCCUUAUAAACUUUUUUAUUGUCUAAAAGAAUAGAUUUUUAUAAUUAUUUUGUUGUAUACGGAAAUUAAAUACACGUUUUAUAUGUUUCGAAAUAAUUUACUCUCAUACUACGUAUGUUUUUAAAUGACAAUAACCGUUAAACAUCCUAAAUUAAUGUUUUAGCGCCAUCUAUUGUGCAUUAAUGACAACUGUAGUUUAAUGAAUUUCUAAUAGAUGUCGCUCAACGAAACUGUUAAAAAUAUUUCUGUUAUUAUUAUUAACUUUUCCGAUAAACAUUUUCAUCGAGAAAUGGAGGGCUGGUGUAGCGUCAUGGUGAUGAAUAAUCCCCAAACAUGCUGAACUCCUCGAUAAGUAACGUAACUUAAACAGGAAUAGCUAAUAAUAAUAACAUUUAAAAGCGCUCACGGUUCGUUUAUUAAAUAAAAUAUAAUUUAUUUUGAUAUAAAAUUUGAAUGAAAACAUACGAAGUAAGAUAUAAUUUAAAAUUUGCUCAGAUGAGAAUGUGAUCAGUAGUUUUUAUUAGGAACUUCUUCCUAUUCUAUUAAAGUAAUUUAGAUAAAGACGGAUGUGAUUAGAUUUGUAAA